UACGUUAGUUUGGACGUCACGUACAUUGGUAGGCCUCCGGCGAUUCCAACAACCGCGAAGAUUUCCCACGACACUCCCUUUGAUAGUUUUAGCAGCCACUUGUAAGAAAAACAUGACUAUGACGUCAGACGAGCGGCGCCUAUACAUCGUUGUUGUUGUUUCUUUCAACUGAAAUAUUCCUUGAAGUCGGUAAUAUAAACAUAGUUGUCACAGCAUUCUGAAAUCGACUUUUUUGAUCAGCAUUAGACUUCUGUGGUUUCUGAAGCAAACCGCUUUGCUAAUUGGUAAGCACCCGCUUUAUCCUGUAAAAUUGAUCAGUCAAUUUCCAUUACUUACAGGCGAUAAAUAAGGGGCACUUAGAGUGUGGAGCUGCAUUUUGGAGACUAAAACAAUCGUAGUUUUGUAAAAGCGCAACGUUGCAAAGUCCUUUGCAAACAAACAUAAUAAAAAAAAACAGAUCUGAUCGUCAGUGCCAGGGCCGAGGUUAAAGCAAACAUUCCAUGAUCACGUGCAAUUUUUAAACGUCAUUAAUCCAUACAAAUCGAUAUGUCACAAUAGACGGAACUCAACUGUACUGGACGGUUUCCAUUUAAUACGAGGAACGUUAGCUAAAACCAAACAUCUGUUUGCAUUGUAUUCAUGGAUUCUGCGUAAAAUACAGAAGCUCGAAAUAGGCACUAAAGACUUUUUUCCUGCACUGGCGCUGAAUUCCUUUACGAAUGUGAUACACCGCUUUUUGUUUAAUUAAAUGUGUAACAAACGUCAUCCCAAAAAUGAGUUGCUUUUUAGAACAAUGAGUGUGUUUGUACCGGGGUAACAUUUUAUGUGCACUGUACCACUAUAAGUAAUCAACAAUUCUGUUUGAAGGAUUCUCGCUGGAUGUCGAAGCGUUUUGUAUGAUGUAUGAAAAUACCGAUCUCUUGAACUGUUCCCAAUUUCUACCAAAUCCACUGAAUUUCUGUUACAAAAUUCAUCACUGGGCCCAUUUCUCAGAAUAUGUAUAACUCGAGAAGGGGUUAUUCCUGGAAUCUGUAAGGUUCCAAGCAAAACUUUCACCGUCCGCCUCAGACGCAGCGUGUAGUUUGUUCUUCCCCUCAGAUACAAAGAUUUUACUUCUACGGGACAGGACACAAUGGAGUCCACGGUAAUGAUUCAACCUGCCACAGCAGGGAUGCAACUUGAAGGCAUCAACUCACCCAUGGAAAUGCCCAUGCAACCAAUCCAUUCCCCAUAUUCAGUGAUAACCACUCAACCAACAACUGUCACGGUCGUUGCACAGGGGAGUUAUCGGUUUCCAAGGGGCGCACCACGUGAAUGGUCCACUUCCGUUUGCGGAUGCUGUGAGGACUGCGGUGGAUGCAUCUGCGGCUGGUUUUGUUUCCCGUGCUACGAGUGUUACAUAGCAUCUAAGAUGGGCGAGAAUUGCUGCACGCCCUGUUGCCUCUGCAACGCCACUCUGGUCAUGAGAUCCUACCUCCGUGGACGCCAUAACAUCCAGGGCUCCCUGUCCGGUGAUGCUUGCACGACGUGCUGGUGCCCCUCUUGCGUUCUGUGCCAGAUUUCCCGCGAGAUGGACAACAUUAAGAAGGGUCUUGCUGCGGCGUAAAGGCACGGACGUACAUAAAAAAAAACUGGACUUGCAACGCCUUUGUAUGAAAAAGAAGCCAACCAGCGGCCAUUUUACCGAGCCGAAUACAAAAGCGUGGGCGGUUCCCUUCUAUUGACGCCAGGAAGAACAACGGUGGGCAUUGCCGGAAAAGCUUUGUAUUCGGCUCGGAAAAAUGGCUGCGGGUUGAUUCAAUGACUCUAUAAGCUGAUUAAGGGCAUUGCGAGUCCAGAUUUUAUUAUACACGUCCGUGCGUAGAGGCUUAAGGCAUGCACGCGCAUCAACUCUUGGACGCUGAAGGCUUCAUUUGCCCCCCCCCUCGUCAGAAUACAAAGGCGCCAUUUGUCCACAUUCUUAGGUAGUGCUUCCACUUCUUAAAAUUGGAAUUCCUGAAGUUGCCGUUCUUCCUCGUUUUUUUCUGAAAUAAUUAGCAUUUGAAUUCGCAAUGUUAACCGUGCAGUUGAUUUUCUUCCCCGUCUGUUGUCUCUGUUCUAAAUUCAAGGAACUUAGCUGGGCUACAUCAUAUCAUUUUCCUCUGCACUUGUUUUCAUAGUUUAAUUAAUGCAGCUGAGACUUUUGUAAAACAUGGUUUGUAAAUUAGAAGCCACAACUGCGGUGGUACUAUAUUCAGAUUUACAUAAAUUUUGUUUUCAUUAUUCUUGAAAUUUAGAAUCUAAUUUUUUUUUCCAGAUUCCCUGAAAUAUUUCAUUUCCUUAGGGAUUUUAUCAGGACGUGAACAUUUUCUUGAAAUAAAGACAUUUCCUGAAACGUGGAAACGCAGCUGAUACGAAUACCUCUGCUUUGCUUUCAACUUCAAUUUAAUUCAUUGCCCGCCAUGAUUUUGAAAAUCCUGUAAUGUUUGGUAUCUCUUGUGUUUAAAGGAGCGAAAAAUAAAACAAACUUUAACAUGCAAAGUAUACAAAUAAUUUGUUAUUAAUUUAUUGGCAAGUUAAUUAAAUCAUAUGGUGAAUGUAACCUUUUCCCAUGAGGAAAACACCGUAUCUUACCCCACAGUUAUGUAGUUUUGAUUUUUAGAGCUAGUUGUAACAUAAUUGUCAUAGUUACUGAGUAAUUUCCUCCUAACACUUUCAAGCAUGCUUGCCAACGUCAAGUUUUUUUUCUGUUGCUGAUGGGUCAGAGUGACGCACUGAAUUUGUCUUAGCUUAGCAUAGCCUUCUUACCAUUACUUCAUAAGGGUUUGAGAUUCGGGGAUCUGUGUUUUAUUAAGUUCGUUAUGGACUUUCUAGGGCAAAUAUUCCAUGAAAAUGUAGCAUAUACACAACCAACUGAAAAGAAUGAACGCAUAUUGCAACAGCUCUCAAAUUCCUCAUACCUUUCUUAAGGUCUCGAGGCAUGUGGGACUCGUAAUCUUUGACGUAGCUUAAUUGUAUUUGGUUCGUUACACCUGUGAAAAUGCACCCACAGUGAUCGCUUUAAAACAAUUCCAAAUAAAUAUAAAGCUGUUAUUGCUUGAUUACCUCGAACCGACGGGAUUUCGGG